GCUCUGCCGCCGGGAGGACGGACGGACCAGCCGCUCAUUGAUGUGUCCCCGCAUCGCCUUCUGCCCCCAAGACUCCAGGGAGCCGCGUUCCCCGCGUGGAGGCCCGGAAGGGCUGGGUGUCUGAACACCAUGAUUAUCCACUAAUAUCCAAACUUCCCCUUUUUAACCCAAAGAGUAUCGGUGAUUUUCGUCCACUGCGAGCAGAAGAGCCGGGGCCCUGAGAUGCAGCAGAGCCUGUGUCUAUAGACGGACCGGCCUGCGUGUGGCAUGCGCGCGCCCCCCGCCCCCUGAGCUGCUUCUCGCCCCGGACAUCGCCCCGAGGCUGAAGGAGACUUGUGGGACCGGAGAGCAGUCCGGCAGCACUGGGUCCUGCGGCCUCUGUCCUUUCAAUGCCCAGCUUCCUCUGGGACUGCUGGCCUUCCCUGGAGAUCCGAGCGGUGCUGUGCGCCAUGGGCUGCAUCCAGAGCAUCGGGGGCAAGGCCGGAAUCUUCCGGGAAGGGAUCACGGUGAUCGAUGUGAAGGCCUCGAUCGACCCUGUGCCCACCAGCAUCGAUGAGUCCUCCAGCGUGGUGCUCCGCUACCGGACGCCCCACUUCCGGGCCUCGGCCCAGGUGGUCAUGCCGCCCAUCCCCAGGAAGGAGACCUGGGUGGUCGGCUGGAUCCAGGCGUGCAGCCACAUGGAGUUCUACAACCAGUACGGGGAGCAGGGCAUGUCCAGCUGGGAGCUCCCGGACCUGCUGGAGGGCAAGAUCGAGGCCAUCAGCGACUCGGACGGGGUGAACUACCCCUGGUACGGCAACACCACGGAGACCUGCACCAUCGUGGGCCCCACCAAGAGGGACUCCAAGUUCAUCAUCAGCAUGAACGACAACUUCUACCCCAGCGUGACGUGGGCCGUGCCCGUCAGCGAGAGCAACGUGGCCCGGCUGACCAACAUCUACCGGGACCAGAGCUUCACCACCUGGCUGGUGGCCACCAACACCUCCACCGACGACAUGAUCAUCCUGCAGACGCUGCACUGGCGCAUGCAGCUCAGCAUCGAGGUGAACCCCAGCCGGCCCCUGGGCCAGCGCGCCCGCCUGCGGGAGCCCAUCGCCCAGGCCCAGCCCAAGAUCCUGAGCAGGAACGAGCCCAUCCCGCCCAGCGCCCUGGUCAAGCCCAACGCCAACGACGCUCAGGUGCUCAUGUGGCGGCCCAAGUACGGGCAGCCGCUGGUGGUGAUCCCGCCCAAGCACCGGUAGCAGCUGGCCGGCCGCCCAGGGCGCCCGCCACGAGGGCGCCCGUCAUCCAGCAAAAUACAACCAUUCUACCUUGUCCGGGGCCUCACUGUGCGCCUGCCCGCGCCUCAGGGCCGCUGCCCCCGGGGAGGGGGGACAGCAGGGCAGCUUAGGGCGAACCCCAGGGGCGCCCUCUGGUCACUGCGGUGUCCUUUCCUUGCAGUUUCAUUCAGUCACAGCGGAUGCCCCCCACCACUGCUUUCAGUCCUUUUUGUUUUUUUAGACGCCUCCCCAGGAGGUCCGGGCGGGAGGAGGGGGAGCUGAUGAGUGACAGCCGGCGCUCACUGACCUGUGGGUGCCGGGCCCUCCCACGCGCCCCCUCCCCUUGCCCUCCCCCUUGCGGCCUUACGUAGACUUGCUUUGCCAAACUUUUGCCUUAAGCUGAAUUGAAAGAAAAAACACCGAAGCAGAUCGAAAGCAGGAUCUCUCUCCUGCCGGACUUGCCAUCUCCUGCCGGGCGCUGGGCAGCGGCUGGGUCUGGAGGAGAGAGAGACGCCCUGAGCCCCUCUCCGGGCACCUUGGCACAGGGGCAGGGACCCGGCCUAAAACCAGCAGCUUACUCUGUGUCUCAGCAGAAACACGACCACAGACAGACGCUGCCUAAGAGCCCCAGGCGGAGCCCCCGUCCCCAUCCCCAGUGUCCCCCCCUUCCCCACCCCCUGGCUCUGCCAGGGCUGCCCUCCCCUCCCGUCCCCGCAGCCUGGCCUUGCUGUGGAGAGAGGGAGGGUCCUGGGAGUGGCGGGUGGAGCCCGGGCAUUUCCAUCGCCGGGGUCUGCUCCCACACCUCAGGCCCGAGCCUUUUCCUUCCAUCCACGCUGGCCCAGCGGCCGGGAACCAGCAGCCACGUGGGCCCAGGCUUAGCUCUGGUUGGCGGGUCAGAGGAAGGCGCACCUUUCCCUCCAGGCGCCUUCUCAGGGGAACCGAACACGGCGCUGGAGGGGGCAGCCUCGGGUCCCAGCAGCCUGGGCCCGGGCAGUAAGCCAGGGCCCAGGGGGAGCGGCAUCGGAGCGCCGAGGAGGCUGGUCUGGGACAGGGCCAGCCUCUGAGGGCCACCCUCCUCCCAGGACUUGGCCCCCAGUGAGACCAAGCUUUCUCAGCCGCCUGCCUUGAAGGCUGCUUGCAGGAAGCCGGGGGUUCCCGCUAAAGCCCCUUCCUCCAAGCUUGUCCAGCCCACAGCUACGUCACUCCGGCCCCGCGUUCAAACCAGUAAUAAGCACAGAAACCAUCAGCUCCAUUUCUGCACACGAGCCACCUGCAGGAGCCCCACGACCACCCGGGGGGCGGGCCACCUCGCCCCCGCUCCCUCGUUACCACGUGACAGUGUGUGUGUCCGGGGUGCUCACCGUCCAUCCAGUCCUCUCCCGAGCCCGCUCCUGACGGCGCACAGCUAUCCUGGGACAACUGGACUGCAAACAGCCUGGUGCUCGGGGAGCCUCCCGGGGCGGCUGGCUCCCCUGGGGGUGAGGGGCCGGGGUGCUGCUGGCCUCCUGGCGGAAGGCCCUUCUCCGCACUCAGGUCUUUCUCGUACUUCAAUGGAGAAGGGGCCCUGGGGGUUCUUACUGGGGAGGGGGGGAGGGGGGAGAGUGGGGGAGGGGGGGUCCUGUGCUGUUUGGGGGCGGAAUCCCUCCCAUCGGACCUGGACAAGGGGAGCAGGCCUGUUGGCUGGGGUCAGCGCCCGGGAGGGAAGGCAGGGCCCCCUGCCUCUGCCCGGCCCCUGCACGUCUGGCCCCGCUCCCCCGCUCCCCACCCCUCCCUGCCGCUGGCCUUUCCGAAGACCUCAGAGGCUGCAGGGCCGGCCGGGACGCCCCCCUCCUGCCGGGAGCUCAGGCCGGCUCCUGGCCGGUCACCUGUCCCCCGGUGGACACUGGCCCAGCAAUAAGGACCGUGGAGAUUACUGUGAAGCAAACUAGUGCACUUACCAGGAGGCACAGACUCUUGAAGAAAAUGUAAAACAAACAUUUAAAAGAACAAACAAAAAUAUUCACAGAGAAAUAAAGUGUAAUUUUAAAGUA